UCAAAUAUAAAACAGAAUAAAAUCAGAGCCGACAUUAUCGACGCGUAGCACGAUGGUUUUGCUGGCCUUGAGAAAAUGCCGUGUCAACCAACAACAUAUGCGCAUUGCGCAUCGAAUCUGGCUUCGUUUAAUAAAGUCUUGUUUUGUUUCAUGGGGGUCCGACCACAGUCCACUGAGUGGCUCACUUUUGGAGGCUUUGAAAACGUUUGAUCAGCACACCCUUGUGUGUUGGUGUUCGAAGGGAAAAGUGGCUUGUCCUUUCGCCAAAAUCCAACUUUCCAAGCGCAGAUCAUGAUCAAAGACUGGGAUCUCUGGCUGGUUCCACUUGGAUUCGCGACCCUCGCGACGUAUCAUGGCUACUUUCUGUAUAUCUACAAGACGCAGCCGCUCCUCACGGUGAUCGGGGCCAACCAUGUCGGGCGACGAGCGUGGGUUCGAUCGAUGAUGGCGGAUGUUGAGAAGAAGGGUGUCCUUGCGGUGCAAAGCUUGCGAAACUCGAUGAUGGGAUCCAUCCUGUGGGCGUCGGUGGCGAUACUCCUGUGCUCCGGAUCGGUGGCCUUCAUCAACACGUCGUAUAGCUACGGCAUCAGAAAGCCCGUGUUCGAGAGCUUCGGUGGCGGCAAGACCAAGCAGGAUGAGACGACCAUGUCGAUCAAGGUGACUUUGCUUCUGGGAUGUUUCAUGGUUUGCUUCUUUUGCUGCAUGCAAUCGGUGAGGUUCUUAAACCAGGUCAGUUUCUUCAUCAACACGCCCGGGGAAGAGAUCCUCUCCAAGUUUGUCACGCCGGAAUACGUCGCAAGUCUGUUCGAAAAGGCUUGCAACUUCCAGGCAGCCGGAUCGAGGAGCUUUUAUUUUACGAUCCCACUAAUUUUGUGGAUCCUGGGCCCGGUUCCUCUCGCCAUGGCGUGCUUCGUCAUUAUCCCUUUCCUGUACCACCUUGACAUGAAGUAAAAGAAAUCUAUUACCCGCACUUAGCAAAUGUUCCUCUGAGUCAAACAGAGAAUGUGUUUGCCAAAACGUAAUCUUUCUUGGCCAGUCUAGAGCUGAACCGGGGCCAAACACCCACAACAAAAGUGGGAAGGCAAAGUAGUAUCCCCUGUUUUUUGUGGUGAAGAAGUUCGAUCUUGGGGCAAGGACGCCAGCAACGUAGUCCGGAGUGAUCCUCGAUCGAACGUUGAUGAGAAAGCCGACAUGGUUGACGAACCGGACUGUGGAGAAUCGAUAAUGGCCUCUACUCGGAUGGCCUCCACAGCCAUCCUCCUCGCC